UUUUUGUUGGGUGCAUGAUGCUCCUUUAUUUCUCUUGCGAAUUUCUAUUUCAGCACAACAGAAUCAUUUAUUUUCUCUCCUCUUCUCUUUAUUUAAAUUUUGUGUUUAGCACUUGUCACUACGCUAUAUAUUCAACACUCGCGUCUGCGCCUUUCAUGAUACUAGCCCACAUCGCGCGCCGAAAUAGAUUUACUCUGACAUCUGCCCGCCCAGCAAUUAACCUUUUCAAUCAUUGCCUUUUGUUGUCCAAAGUCUCACGGACCUACACUUGCACCAGCUCUCUUCAGACGCAUAGCACUAACCGGGAAGAAUCAAUGUCCUUUACCAACAACAACAGCUCUCCGUGGAUCCAGCCCGAGGCCAGCCAGUCGCACACCGGGCUUGUUGUGUUCAACUCACUGACAAAGUCAAAGAUUCCCUUUAUCCCCCGCGAGGGCAACUAUGUCAGCUGGUACGGGUGCGGGCCCACAGUCUACGACUCAUCACACAUAGGGCAUGCGCGCAACUACGUGACGUUCGACAUCAUCCGUCGCAUCAUGGAGGACUACCUGAACUAUGAUGUCAACAUGGUGAUGAACAUCACCGAUAUUGACGACAAGAUCAUUCUGCGCUCGCGCGAAGAAUACCUGUUUCGACAGUUCCGCAGCCAGGCCACGGCCCUGUCCGAGCAGAAGUUUGAGGGCGCCAGAGCGUCCGGGCAGCCCAUUAGCACUGACGCCGAUUGGAAUGCCCUUCUCGCAGAGCUGGGUGACGGCUCCAAGCCUGCACUAGCUGUCAAGGACCCCAAGUUCCCCAUGCACUAUGAGGCGGCGCGCGCCACCUUUGGUGCAAUCGCAGCGGCUCGUAAGCAUCUAGCCGAGGGAAAGUCGUCCCAGAACGAGGCCGAGCUGCUGAUCGACGCCUCCAAGGACGUGCUGUCCCCGUGGCUUGACUCCAAGUACGCUUACUGGGAGAAGGACUACUUUGAAGAUAUGGACGCUCUGAAUGUCCGCCGGCCUAAUGUGCUGACGCGCGUGUCCGAGUUUGUUCCUGAAAUUGUCAGCUUUGUGGAGCGCAUAAUCAGCAAGGGCUACGCCUAUGAGUCGGAAGGAUCGGUGUUCUUUGACGUCGAUGCGUUUGACGGGCACAACGGCAACUUUUACGCCAAGAUCGAACCCUUCUCCAAGAACAACACGGGUCUGCUGACCGAUGGAGAGGGCUCGCUGAGCCUGAAGCUAUCUGGAAAGCGCGGGCUAUCGGACUUUGCGCUGUGGAAGAAAUCGAAGGACGGCGAGCCAAAGUGGCCCAGCCCCUGGGGCGAGGGGCGGCCUGGCUGGCACAUUGAGUGCAGCGUGAUGGCCAGCGAGAUACUCGGGUCGCACAUUGACAUCCACACUGGCGGAAUCGACCUUGCCUUCCCGCACCAUGACAACGAGAUUGCCCAGUCUGAGGCGUGCCUUGGCUGCCCGCAGUGGGUCAACUACUUUUUGCACACCGGCCACUACCACGUCAAGGGCGCCAAGAUGUCAAAGUCGCUAAAGAACUUUACCACCAUCAAGGAGGCGUUGAAAAAUAACAGCUGGCGUCAGCUGCGCAUUUUGUUUUUGCUCUGCAAGUGGGACGCGCCCUCGGACUACGACAAAAAUGUUAUGAUCGAGCCAGUCUCGAUUGACAGGACCGUCGAUAACUUCUUUACCAACACCAGCGCAUUGCUGCGCGAAUUCCGUCUGCGCGAGCAAGGUUCUGAUGGCAAGCGCCACUUCUUGGAGCCCGAGCUCGAGCUGCAGGAGGCCCUGAAGGACACCAAGGCCAGGUCACAGCGCGCUGCUGGACUCGCCAUGCGUGCACUGCAGGCCAUCGUCGCACGCACCAACACGUACUUGCACGGGGUCGCGCAAACAUUGAUCCGCAGAUCGUCGAGAUGGUUGCCCUAUUUCCGUGUCUUUGGCCUUGUAAUGGACGGCUUUAACUCACGAAUCGGUUGGGGAUCAAGCGCUUCCGAGUCUGGUGCCCAGGGGCCCGCAAUCGCGAAUCACGACUUCCGCGACUCUGUCCGCGAGAUAGCACUUUCAGGUGGCGACAAGGGCGCACUGCUCAGCCUCUGCGACCGCAUCCGCGACCUGGAUCUCCCUGACCUUGGGAUUGUCAUCGACGACCACGGCGAUGGCCGCGCGCUGGUCAAGUUUGCGGACCCUGAGGUGAUCCGUCGUGAGCGUGCUGCGCGGCAGGCUGAGGAGGACGCGAAGCUCGCCAAGAAAGAGGCCGCUACCCGCGCCGCUGAGGAGAAGCGCCAGAAGCGCCUUGCUGAAGGCAGGCUCGCACCUGCGGACAUGUUCCGCACCCCCGAAAUGUGCGAGCUUUACUCUGACUGGAGAGAUAACGGGAUCCCGUCCAAGGAUAAGGCCGGCGAGGAACUCCCCAAGAGCAAGGUCAAGAAGCUGGAGAAGGCGUACUCUGCUCAGGAGAAGCUCCACAAUGAGUACCUGAAAUCCAUCGGCCAGUAGGCAAGCUCCGCCAGCUUGGUAAUUUUACUAUUUUUGAUUUGAUUUAUUUUGAUCCAUCGCACUUUUUGGCUUCCCUUAUCUUUGCCAAAUCGCUAAAAAUGGCUGUGCAUUGAAGAGAAUG